CUCAACGGCUAGUCGCCAAAACACACUCCAGAGGUGGCGAGAGACGUCACUAGUUACAAGACGGUGUUGAGGCUCGCAAACACUACGUAUCAGCUGACUGCAAUGGCAGGUCUCUCUCGUUUUGCCCCGGUUUUAAGGACCACACUUAAUCGUGGUAUCUGCAGUGUUUUGAUGAAGAGGAACAACUCAAACAAGGUAUAUGGACCCUUAGCAGAUGAAGAUCGUAUCUUUACUAAUCUGUAUGGUCGCCACGACUGGCGACUAAAAGGAGCCAUGAGUCGAGGUGACUGGUACAAGACCAAAGAGAUUUUGAACAAGGGUCAUGAGUGGAUUCUUGGAGAAAUCAAGACUUCAGGACUGCGAGGCCGAGGAGGUGCUGGCUUUCCCACUGGCAUGAAGUGGAGCUUUAUGAACAAACCGUCAGAUGGGCGUCCAAAAUACCUGGUGGUAAAUGCAGAUGAAGGUGAGCCUGGUACCUGCAAGGACAGAGAAAUCAUGCGACAUGAUCCUCAUAAAUUAGUGGAGGGAUGUCUGGUGGCUGGUCGGGCAAUGGGAGCCAGGGCUGCAUAUAUUUAUAUCCGAGGUGAAUUUUACAAUGAAGCUUCCAACAUGCAAGUUGCCAUCAAUGAGGCGUACAAGGCAGGUUUCCUAGGCACGAAUGCUUGCGGAUCAGGCUAUGACUUCGAUGUUUUCAUGCAUCGGGGAGCUGGAGCUUAUAUCUGUGGGGAGGAGACUGCCCUCAUUGAGUCCUUGGAAGGCAAGCAAGGAAAGCCCCGUCUUAAGCCUCCAUUUCCUGCUGAUAUUGGAGUGUUUGGUUGCCCAACAACUGUGGCAAAUGUGGAGACUGUUGCUGUAGCACCGACAAUCUGUCGUCGUGGAGGAAACUGGUUUGCAACCUUGGGCCGUACACGUAAUAGUGGCACUAAACUCUUCAACAUCUCUGGCCAUGUGAACAACCCAUGUACAGUAGAAGAGGAGAUGUCUGUUCCCCUUAAGGAAUUAAUUGAGCGUCAUGCUGGAGGAGUCACUGGUGGCUGGGACAACUUGCUAGGAGUCAUUCCAGGAGGCUCAUCCACCCCAGUCAUCCCUAAACAAGUUUGUGAGGAGGCUGUUAUGGACUUUGAUGGAUUGGUGGCUUGUCAGACUUCACUGGGCACAGCAGCUGUCAUUGUUAUGAAUAAGCAGACAGACAUUGUGAAGGCCAUUGCUCGUCUUAUUGAGUUUUACAAGCAUGAGUCCUGUGGUCAGUGUACUCCAUGCAGAGAGGGUGUCAAUUGGAUGUACAAGAUCAUGACAAGAUUUGUAAAGGGAGAUGCUCGGCCAGAGGAGAUUGAUGCUUUAUGGGAAGUAUCCAAGCAAAUUGAAGGACAUACCAUUUGUGCUCUGGGUGAUGGUGCUGCUUGGCCUGUGCAGGGACUUAUCCGCCAUUUCCGGCCAGUCUUGGAGGAGCGUAUGGCAAAUUAUGCUGCUACCAAGGCUGUGGCCAACUAGAAAAACAGAUCUAUGUAGGAAUGAUUUGAGAUGUAGAUAGUGGUUACUGUAAUGUAAUGGUAGCUCAGUUAUCAAUUGAAGGUUAUUUUCAUUUGUUAUGUUUGUUGAAUAACUAAUUACAUGUACUAUUAUUUUUUUGUAAUCAUUAUUUUGUACUUAUUCAUGUUUUCUUAUUAUUACUAUUAUUUAUUUAUUAUUUUAUUUUAUUUUUUCUUGAAUUUCUUUUUUCAUUUUCUUUCACAUCUUUUAUUCUACUUUUUUUCUGACUGUAUAUAUAAAUACAUUUUUACUGCUUGGUUACAAAAUCAGGAUUAAAUUUGGUGUUUGAUUAUUAUGACAAAAAGAUGUGUUAAAUUUUCCAUACACCUAAUAGUAGAAUCUGUUUUUAGAUAAGAUUUAUUAAUGAACAUCAUGAAUUUAUUUAAAUUGUCUGUAAAUCAACCAAGAUUAGAUAUUAAUAGACUUCAGUUGUACAUAAAA